GAAUCCAGGCGAGACAUGAUUCAGUACGCAAGAUCAUGUCCCUAGACCUGGACAUGGCAGUGGUUCUGCGUGAAGUCAUCAAAUACAACGCCGAUUUCAAGUGCCAUUCACUAGUUUGAGUUAUUUCAACACAAAAGUAAAGCACGUGAACGAUGCGAGCCUCACGAGUUCCUCCAGAUGGAGGCUAUGGAUGGGUUGUUGUGGCCGGUUGUGCACUAGUGAAUGUUUUCAAUCAAUCCUUAGUAUCGGUAUUCGGUCUCAUGUUUGCUGACUACCUCGCAAGCCUUGGAGAGCACGCCUUUGGGGCCGCGCUGGUGAUGAACGUGUGCAAUAUUUCGCUCAACUUUUCCGGCUUAAUCACCGGCCCCAUUAUCAAGCAGUUCAAACCGAGAAAGGCCGCUAUUUUGGGGAGUUUACUCACGGGCAGUGCGCUAACUUUAUGCUCCUACAGUACCACACUGUGGCAAAUUGUGCUUUCAUACAGUGUAACCUUUGGGUUUGGCCUUGGUCUCAUACAGUCGUCCACAUUCGUAGCUCUCAAUUCUUUUUUCCGUCAUCGGAAGGGCCGGGCUGUCGGCUUUGCACUUGCAGGCACAGGACUCGGUCAGAUUAUGAUGCCGUUGCUGGUGCAAUAUCUUCUAAGUAACUUUAAUUUUAGGGACACAACUCUCAUCAUCAGUGGAUUAGCUUUCAAUGGGGUGGUGGGUGCCUGUUUGCUUCAACCGGUGGAAUGGCACAUGAAGGAUAGUCCAGCGGAAGAUGGUCGUGAAACUCAACCACUGCUACCUAUACAUAAGUUAACCCAACAGGUUAAUGGUUCUUCUUGUACUAAACCGUCCUGUGGCUGGGGAAAGUUAGCUGCCUUGAUGGACUUUGCGAUCCUCAAACAAGUGUCCUUUUUGAACUUGAUCGUUGGUCUUGGACUUGCAUACACAGCGUCGACAAGUUUUUCCUUAUUUUUUCCUUACUUUCUACAGAAAUCCGCCAAUCUAACCAUGCUUGAAGCGGCCAACUGCAUGUCCGUGCUUUCUACAACGGAUCUUAUAACGAGGAUAACUGUUCCAGCGUUUGUGGACAAAAUGCAGUUUUCGCAUCGAACAACCUUUCUGCUUGCAGGUAUCUGUUUGGUAAUAGCGCGUUCCAUCAUGGCUGAAAUGCGCUCUUUGGUGCCACUUAUGAUCACAUCAGCUUUUUACGGUAUCUUCCGCUCAAUCACAAUCGUGAAUCAGAACUUGACCGUGGCGGAAUAUUGCAGCGAGCGACGAAUCGAAAAAAUGCUCCCGAACGCGCUUGGUUUUAAUAUGGUAACGAAGGGAAUACUGGUGCUGAGUCUUGGCCAAAUACUUGGCUGGUUUGCAGACUUUUCCGGGAGCUAUUCGUUAAACUUGCACGCUCAGAAUGUGUUGCUCAUCACAACGUGUGUUCUUUGGUUGUGUGAAAUGUACUUCAAAGAUGAUAAUUAAUACCGCGCCAGAGUUCUUGGUAUCUUUGAAACUAUUGUUGCUGUAAAUGGCAAAAAUUGGAUUAAAAUAUUUGCUAGACAAUA